CCCUCAUGCUUGCUUUGUAAACCGCUCCACAGCCGCGGCUGUUGAGACGCGCGUUGGAAGCGGAGGGGCGCGCUCUUCUGGGGGGAUUAUGUCAAACCUGGGACGGGCUUUAGUUCACGCUGCAUAACCUCAACUCAGCUCUUCCCACUUCCACAGACAAACGAGAUGUUGUCGCGCUAUAUGAUGCGAAGAUCGGUUCCUGCAGAUCAGUGAGGACACUGCUCGUUUACCAUGAGCUGUUUGGAUGUUAUGUAUCCAGCCUAUGGACAUUACGCACCGUACGCACCGACUGCUCCCGCUUUUAUCAACAGCUUACAGGCUCCUUCAGGUCUGAGCAGUUCUGCGCCCAACAGUAGAGACUUUAUGGACACUCCCAGCGUUCCCGAAGGGAUGUCUGGGGGCCCAGCCACUGGAGGAUCAGCGCCCUCUUCUUCUUCAUCCAGUUCUUCUUCCUCCUCUUCUUACACACCUGCUGCACCGAGGCCAGUGGAGGGCCCCAAGGAGAAGCAGGAGGCCCCCGAAGCAGAGUACCUGACCUCUCGCUGUGUGCUCUUCACCUACUACCAUGGGGACAUCAGCAGUGUGGUGGAUGAGCACUUCUCCAGGGCUCUAAGCUCUUACAUGGAUGGAGAAGGGAAGAGACGAGCGCCAGAACAACAGGGCACAGAAACGUCUACCGCUAACAGUCGGAGAAGCUUCCCGCCAUCUUUCUGGGACAGUAACUACUCUUCAAAUCAGAGUCGCUCCCACUGUGAGACCAGUGCUCCCACUUAUACCAUGGACCCAUAUGCAUCAGCUCUGCGUCCAGGCCUGCCCCACCCACAUGCUCAUCCUCACCCACAUGCUCACACUCGUCCCCACCCUCACCCGUCAGAGGGCUGGGGAUAUCCUCAGGCCCAAGCUUAUGGGCCCCCUCGACCUCUACAUGAACUGUAUUCACCUUCGGCUUUAGAGCCUCACUAUGGGGGCCUGCUCAUGCCCACUGUGAGACCACCUCAUCUUGCUACCUUGCCAAGCCACUAUGAAGUGGGCAAGCUAGAGCCCACUACCUCCUGGCCAAGCUUGCUGCCCCCUGGUGAUGUCAGUCAGACGCUAGCUCUCAACAUGGAUGCAGGCCUCCAGCAGCACAAGAAAGGCAAGGAGCUGUACUGGUUCUAACGAGCCCUUCAGUCACACUGACCUGCCAUUACCAGACCCAAUUAGUCCCUGGACCUGCUCUGCUUUUCAAGCAUUGUGUCCUUUUACCCCCCCUCCUCCCUACACCUCCCCACACACCGCAUCCCCAUCCACCCACCCUCUUCUUUCUGCCUUUAGCCUCCCCUGCCAGUACACGGCCUUGCUCCAGGUUGACGUGUGUGCACCAUGGAGAUAAAGAAAAGAGGGGGAACGAGGGAAAAAGGCCCAGCAUCUGAACUGGCUAUGAUGUGCGCCAUGGUUCCUCGUUCUCUUCCAUCUCUCCUUCGUUCUGAAUCCAGUUGCUCUGGCAGGAUGAGAGCCAUAGUGACUUGUUUGGACUGGGAAACACAGGAUCAUGGCAGACUUUUGCAGGGGACUAAAAAAAAAGGAUGAACAGAAUCACAGCAUGUUGGGAUUUCUUCCAACCUUCCUGGUUAUCUCUGUCUCAUGCUACAGUCAUUGUCAUUAUCCACUUAUCUGCAUUUCACAAAUGCAACAUGCAGCAACAUCCAAGAGCAGAAUUCAUGGAAGUUAGUGUUUGCGACAGACAUCACAGGCGGGUUUUUUUUUUUUAAAUAGAAAAACAUUUCUUUUAAAAUAAUUUUUUUUAUUUAUCAGUAUUAAUGUGCAUUUCUAAUAUGAAUGAUCGGCCAGUGUUCUGAGAUUCCUGUGGUUUAGUUUAUAAUGUUUCUGAAAGUGGGCAGUUAUAGAUCAGCCAGUGCAAUGUGGUUUCACGUGUAGCUUCUUAAUGAUAUUGUUUUAAAUGCAUUCAGAUAUUUAUCCCUGAAAACUCACAGAAAAAGUUGUAUUUUUAAUGAGAACAUUUUGCAUUUUAGUUCUAAAAUUCUUUGUCGGUUGUGGUUUUGAAUUUGGACUUCUUAAAUAUUUGUUUCCUGUGUGAAUUAUUUCCAGUUUCUGUGUCCAGGAAGAUUUUAAUGUCAAUAAAUAUUUUUAUGGUUA